AUGAACUUCUGGAUUCUUUUCCUCUCCAUCAGUCUUCUUCUCGGAUCAUCCGAUGCGAAUGGUUUGAAUACUGUAGAAGUAUUCAACGCGGUGAAGAAUAUUUUGGAUGAAGGGACAACUAGCUACAGAAUUACGACUGAUAUCUCCCUGGUAUACUACGCAGAGGAAAAAGCAAAAGAAUGCCCAUCAAAAGGGGAUUUGGAGACAGGAGAAGUCCUUAUUAAUAAUGAUGAUCUCCAGAAUCUUUUGAUAGGUUCCAACUCCACGCAAUACUUCUCCCUGGGUCCACUUCCCACUAUUUCUACUCUACAAAACAAAACUGUUAGAAUCUUUUUGAAUAUUGGCUCUCGAAUGGGUUGUGCGCCUUUAAAUUGCUCAUCUGGUUUUGAUCAGUAUUGUGUUUUUGAUAGCAGAGAGUACGCAUCGAGUCGGUUGGAAAAGUAUGGAUGUGUAAAAUCUGAGAAGUACCCAAAUCUUUGCGAAGAGCAACCUAUUGAUUAUGUUUCCAUGGAUCCAUCAAAUUUUCAAGCUAAAAUGAUGAGCUGGAAUCAUGACAGACGGGCGGUCGCAAAGAAAUUCGGUUACAGUAGGAUGUAUGAAAUGAACUGGUCUAAUGAUGCAGCAAUGAUAGCAGAAGUACUUGGAUUUGCUUGUGAGCCAAACUUUGCUGGAUUCCUGGGGACACAUUAUUACAUGCAUCCGAGAACUUUGGAUCCUCUCGGAUCUUCAUGGUUCUUUACACAUGACACAAUCGAUGGAUCUCAAAUCCUUGGCAACACAACUUUUGAAAUGUUUGCUCCAGAUCGGAAAGAGUUUGGAUGUGUCCCACUGGAUACUGCUUGUUGUUCGAAUUACUCGUAUAUUUGUGUGCUAGGUCCAGAUUGGCUCUCCACAGAUCAACCAAUAUUCUCAAAAGGGACUCCUUGUGACCAGUGCCCUGAUGGGUGUAACGAUGGUCUUUGCGUGAAUCCAAAGAAGGAAAAUUCGUCAGAAAAUUCUGCAGUGGUUCUUUCGGAAAUUCCUCUUGCUGAAACUACAAGCAUUUACCAUGGAACAAUUUGGGAAGACACUGGAAAAUCUGUUGCUCUACUUGUUUGUUUUAUUGGAGCAACACACUGUGCAGCCGUUACAACCAUCACAAUGGUGACAAAGAGUCCUAGUGAAACUGAAAUGUUCACCGAAGUAUUGCGACUGUUAAAUGAUCCCCGACGUUCGUUAAUCUAUGACCUAAAUGUAUCGGAUCUGUACUGGUUGAAAUGGGACAUAUCGUUGGCUUGGUUGGCAUUCAAAACCACUGACACCUGUGAACCAUUGGAUGACUCCGACGGAUUUGCGAAAUUGCGGUUAACACUUUCUGAUAAGGAAAUUGUCACGACUACAAAUAACCAAGAAACAAAAACUCAACACCGAAUUGUUUCGGACCUCUGGGAAAAUCUUGAUGCAUUUACGGAACACAUCAAGGAAUAUGGAUCCGAACUCAAGAAUUCCAGAGAAGAAUUUUCAAAGUUCUACGAUUAUUAUAGAAGCGAUUGGACACGAAUCGGAUGUGCUUUCAAAGUCUGCAAGGAUGUGAUGACUGGAGAGGAAAAUAAUCUUAUUUGCUUCUUAGGACCAAAAGCGGAUCAGAAGUCUGACCCGAUAUUCACAAUGGAGACUUCCAAGGACGAUCUGUGUAAAAACUGUGAAUGUGAGAAGCUGGCGUGCAAGGAACCCCCAUUCGAUGGAUCCAAAUUGUCAGAUGAUGAGUUUCAGAAAAAGGUGUUGGAUGAGUUUAAUGGAGCCAGAAGCAAGUUUUCAUUAGGAGCUAACGUUUCAGCGAUGAGUAAAUUGGUAGGCAGCAAAUUAAAAAAAAACAUUCUUUCAUGUUUUGUUAAGGUUUGGGACGACACCCUUACCGCAUCUGCUCUUGAUGUUGCAAACAACUGCCCAGGCCAAGUGGCUCAUGGUACUAAUUAUCGUGAAAUUUUGGCAGAUACGUUCCUAGAUAAAGCGGCUGGAUUGUCAUCAAUUGGUGAAAUGUAUGGAUCCACAACCACGGAGCAGUCUUAUACAGAAGUCUACAAUUGGUCCGCAAUUUACACGAUUCUGUGGCCGAAAAUGACCAAAGUCGGAUGUGCUCGUGCUCCAAACACUUGUGCCAAUAAGAUUUGGUGUCAUUUCGGAGAUAUUGGCCUUCUAAAUGGAAAAAUGUACGAGAAAGGGACGCCAUGCUCCAAGUGUACGGGUGGAUGUGAAGAUGGGUUUUAUUACUACGAAUUCGGACGUAACGAGUUUACAUUUGACGUCAACGACAUCGAAAAGUUGGAUGGUACUGGACAGAAUAGUCCACAUUAUGCAACUGGAGACAUUGAUUGGCACCUGAACGUCUGUAUCAACUCCACGUACAAAGGAAAAUACCUCUCUGCGUUCCUCUUCUGCUCUCCGGUUGACGUUGCGAGUGCUUGGAAAACAUUCGGACAAUUUCGUAUCGUUUUGGAGAACAUCGAGAGACCAAAACAAUCGAUCGCUCGUCAAAUGGACUUCUCGUUCGAAUCUGAAGAAGCCGAGAAUCGUGGAUGGAGAACAUUCACCAAACUGGAUGAAGUGUUGGACGAGGCUAAUGGAUUCUAUAAAGACAAGAAGCUUACGUUCCGUGUCAUUGUUGGAGUCAAGAAGGUGGAAGGUUUCGAGACAGCGAAAUAUUUCAACUUUUUGGAGAAGGGAGAAUAUUCUGAUGGAACCAUUACGGCCGGGAACACCAAAUUCUAUGCGAACAAAAUGGUAAAAAAUUUCAAACUUUCUAUUCUCUCUGUCCAUUCUCCAGUCAUCUCAAAUCUUUUUGCGAACACUGAUGAUAUCAAAAUUGAAGACGUUGACAGUCUGGAGUUCAACGAAUUCCUCCAAUUCCUUUACGCAGUUGCAAUUCGUAUUGAGAAAGCCAACGUGGAUAUGAUUCUGAGAAUGUCCGCUCGGUUUGACACCUACGGGUUGAAAUUAUCGUGUAAACAGUACCUGACAUACGCGUUGAACACCAAACAAAUUGAACCAGAGUUUGCUAUCCAGAUGGCUGAUAAGCAUGAAUUGAAGGAUAUUCUUACGAAUGCUCUGGAGUCCGCGAAGAAUGUGGAUGACAUAAAGGAGAGAUUCAAGGGAUACGAGGACUUGUCGGUUGGAACUCUCAAGCAAAUGAUUAAUAAAACUCUUACUUUUGCUUGA